CAAGGCAGCGUCUGCACGACUCCUGCACGUCCAUAGCAGAAGAGGUCGAUAGUAGAAUAUUUUUUUAUGGAAAUUGAGCCACAUUGCUAAUCUGAAAUAAUCUGAAUUGUCCGAAAGGAUACAUGUCCCUCUUCGUUUGCGUCUCCUGCUGGCGUGCAAACAUCAUUCGCGCUCCACUGGAUUUCUAAUCGAGCAGCAAAUUUCCAGGCUGAUGGAACACAAAAGUCAAGCUUUGUUUAUUUUUUUUUUAAUUCCUUUAACCACAAUGUCGAGCUGCGUUAACGGACCAUCUUGUGCAGUUCAAUGCAAAACUCGGUGGACUGCUGGCGCCACAGGUGGAUAUUGAACGACCGAGUCUGCCAGCCAACAUCCGCACCGUGACGAUGGACCUGCAGGUGGACAGAGAAGACGUGGACGCAGACCAGCCGGUGCCCAUUGAAGUUUUCGCGCACAGGUCCACCUUGCACGGAAUCUCGCACAUUUUCACCUACGAGCGCUUCUGCUUCCGACGCUUCCUGUGGCUCGUCUUCUUCUUCGCUUCCAUGGCCGUGCUGGUGUUCAUGUGCGUGGACAGGAUCCAUUUCUACCUGGAGUACCCGCACGUCACCAAACUGGAUGAGGUCACGACCCCGAUCAUGACGUUUCCCGCGGUCACUUUCUGCAACCUGAACGCUUUCCGCUUCAGUCGAGUGACACGCAAUGACUUGUAUCACGCAGGGGAGCUGCUGGCGCUGCUCAACCACAGGUAUGAGAUCCGAGACUUGCAUCUUGUGGAAGAAAGUGUUCUGGAGAGUUUGAAGGUCAAAGCUGACUUCCACAACUUCAAGCCGCGGCCUUUCAACAUGAUGGAAUUCUACGACCGCACUGGCCAUGACAUCAACGACAUGCUGCUCUCUUGUCACUUCCAUGGCACUGAGUGCAGAGCUGAGGAUUUCAAAGUGGUUUUCACUCGUUAUGGGAAGUGUUACACCUUUAACGCGGGUGGUAAUGAUCGCCCUCCCCUCAUAACCACCAAAGGAGGAAUGGGAAACGGAUUGGAGCUCAUGCUGGACAUUCAGCAAGAUGAGUACCUGCCUGUGUGGGGAGAAACAGAUGAGACAUCUUUUGAAGCUGGGAUCAAAGUGCAGAUUCACAGCCAAGAUGAACCUUCUUUUAUCGAUCAGCUUGGGUUCGGAGUGGCCCCUGGGUUUCAGACCUUUGUCUCUUGCCAGGAACAAAGGCUGAUAUAUCUUCCCCCACCCUGGGGAGACUGCAAGGUGACCCCCAUGGACUCUGACUUCUUCGAUACUUACAGCAUUACAGCUUGUCGCAUUGACUGUGAAACACGCUACCUGGUGGACAACUGUAACUGCCGCAUGGUUCACAUGCCUGGCGACGCACCCUACUGCACCCCUGAGCUGUACAAAGAAUGUGCUGACCCUGCUCUUGACUUCCUGGUGCAGAAAGACAAUGAUUUCUGCGUGUGCGAGACACCAUGCAACAUGACCAGAUACAGCAAAGAACUGUCCUUUGUAAAAAUCCCCAGCAAGGCAUCUGCUAAAUAUCUUGCAAAGAAAUAUAAUAAAUCUGAGCAGUACAUUAAGGAAAACAUUUUAGUGUUGGACAUCUUUUUUGAGGCUCUCAACUAUGAAACUAUUGAACAAAAGAAGGCUUAUGAAGUGGCUGGACUUUUAGGUAUGACAUCACAUGUUUGCAAUAUGACAACAACUUUUUUAAACCUUGGUUCAAUUAACCUUUGCGCUUUGAUUCCAGGUGAUAUUGGUGGACAAAUGGGGCUUUUUAUUGGUGCCAGCAUACUCACCAUUCUGGAGAUAUUUGAUUAUCUUUAUGAGGUGAUAAAGUACAAGCUGUGUCGCUGCUCUGAUAAGAAGCAUAAACAUAACAACAACGAUCAGGGUACUGUGCUGAGCCUUGAUGAUGUCAAGUGUCACGUCAGUAACUUUCAUUAGGAGAGUUUCAGAGAGGGUCCUUGGACUUUGUUUCGUGCUGAAUGCCAACAGACAAAGUGUCUCAACUGUGCCUGACCUUGUGGCUGAAGCCAAGAAAAAGCCACUUGGAUGAAUAGUAAAUGGGCUGUAUUUAUAAAGCGCUUUACUAUAUCUGGAAUGAUACCCAAAGCGCUGUACAUUAUACAUCACAUUCACCCAUUCGUUCACACACUGAUGACGGACGCUGCCAUGCAAGGCACUUACCACCACCCAUCAGGAGCAAGGGUGAAGUUUCUUGUCCAAGGACACAAUGGCCUUGAAUAAGAUGGUGAUAAUUUUCCAGUCUGUACACAGCUCUUUGAUACAUACAGUAGCAACAGGGAUGAUAACAUAUGGGCAUGAAGUCAAAUGAAGUUCUGAUGUGUUGGCUAAAUCAGCAUCCAAUGAUUUUGAUGGUUCGAUUUUGUGGUCCGUGUAAAAAUGGUGAUUUGCGUGUCAGUUUUAUCAACUUUUCAACUCAUUCUUAUUUUUAUUUUUAAUGCCAUCCAGGACUAAAAUGGGGGUAUUUCCUUGUUAAACCCCUGACAAAAGCAUGACAGUAUAUUGUUCUACCUCAUCAUGCAGGUUGGCUAAGAGCGAAAGUGACUGUAUGAACAAAGCAAAACUGAGCAAAACAGGCAAAUGUCAUCUAUUGAAAAGAAAAUGCGACUUUGUGGCUUACUUUUCAAAUGCAGAGCAGCAGUUGUAGACGUUUACAGGGAGAACCUUUGAUAACUAAGAAGUAGAAAAAGCUUUUGUGUUAUCGCAAAGACUGAUUUUCAUCCAAUGGCAAUUCAAAAUGUCUACGGAAAAUGCCAUGACAUGCUAAUGCAUAGAACAAUGUAUAAUAGCCUUCAAUUUUCCUUCAGUGUUUACAAUUGUUUUAAUGAAAAACUAAGGAUUGCCUGGCAAGACAACCUGUGAACAUUUUCUUUUGUCAAGGGCAUCGUAUAUCUAAUCUGAGAGGAUGGUGCAGGAUCCAAAGUAUGUAUUGCAUCCUCUAAAACUGGGUCAGGCCCAGACAAUGAUUGAUUUUGGACCCAUCCUGCACCAUCCUCUCAGACUACAGCUGUCCUACUUAAGUCUGUGAGCAUGAAUGAACUGAUGUGCUUGAAUGACAAGCGAAAAUGUAUUAUUAGACAAUCUAAACAGUCCGGUUGUGAUUGAUUCAAUGCCCUAAAAACAAUUUUAAGAAAUUGUUUUCAGCCUGAAUCAAUUAAAAUUUUGAUUUAAAUUUUUGAUUGUCUCUUUUUCUAGGGCUCAAGUUGCAUGUAGCACUGUGCCGCAGCCUAAAAUGUGAUUCAUAGAUGAAUACUUAACCUGCAUAUAUUGUACAUAGAGUUUGUAUGCUGGUAGCAUCUGUUUAUUUUUAUGUGUGCAACAACAAAAAGGUUUUACAAUGUUAGUGCCAACGGGAGACCCACUAGUUGUUUUCAGCAGUGCCUGUCUGAUAGUGUCUCAGUGGUUUGUGUUAACAAAUGUAUAACCCACUUGUAUAAUUCUGUUAUGUAUAAUGUCUGUGUAUGUAUUUUCAUUCAUGCUCAUUGAGCUCAGUUCUAAGCUCCAAUAAAAAACAGAACCAACUACAUUAGCUGACAUUAAAAUAUAAACACUGCAGUUGCUA